CUUAUCAACGCGAAAACGUGGUCUGCAGAGGUGUCGAAGCCGUGUCGCUUUGGAUGUUGCUUUUAUAAACCAUGUGACUGAAUUAGGCGCUCACAUGGCCCAGUGGCUGCAUGAUCCGCUUUAGUUUUUUAAAGUCCAGGGAACAGUAGCUCCCUCAGCAGCGACCAUCCGGUGCAGAGGCCGCUGGAAACACAUCGCCUAUCUGGAUAAAUCAUGGCGAACAGCGGGCAGAAAGUUGUGCUGAUCACCGGCUGCUCCUCCGGCAUCGGGUUACGGAUCGCAGUCACGCUGGCCAGAGAUGAAAAGAAGCGUUACCAUGUUAUUGCCACUAUGAGGGACCUGAGAAAGAAAGACAAACUGGUGGAGGCGGCUGGUGAUGCAUUUGGGAAAACUCUGACUCUGCUCCCUCUGGACGUGUGCAGCGAUGAGUCUGUCAAAAACUGUAUCAACAGCGUUAAAGACCGCCACAUCGACAUCUUAAUCAAUAAUGCUGGUGUAGGCUUGCUUGGACCAUUGGAAAGCAUCACCAUAGAGGAGAUGAAGAGAGUUUUUGAAACCAACUUCUUUGGUGUGGUCCGAAUGAUUAAAGAAGUGAUGCCUGACAUGAAAAAGAGACGUUCAGGGCACAUCGUUGUCAUGAGCAGUGUCAUGGGGCUCCAAGGAGUGGUCUUCAAUGAUGUUUAUACAGCCUCCAAGUUUGCUAUGGAGGGUUUUUGUGAGAGUAUGGCUGUACAGCUGAUGAAAUUCAAUGUUCGGGUGUCCAUGAUCGAGCCUGGACCAGUGCACACAGAGUUUGAGACAAAGAUGAUGGAUGACGUGGCUAAGAUGGAGUAUCCAGGAGCAGAUGCAGAUACAGUUCGAUAUUUUAAAGACGUUUAUCUGCCCUCUUCGAUAGAUAUAUUUGAAGCCAUGGGCCAAACACCAGAAGACAUAGCCAAAUGCACUAAGAAAGUCAUUGAGUCGAGCAGUCCACGGUUCAGGAACCUGACCAACAGUUUGUAUACUCCGAUUGUGGCCUUAAAGUAUGCAGAUGAGACCGGGGGGCUGUCUGUCAACACCUUCUACAAUCUGCUCUUCAACUUUGGGCCCCUCAUGCACAUCACCAUGAGCAUCCUCAAGUGCCUGACCUGCAGCUGCCUCCGGAGGCGCACUAUCUCCCCCAACUGAAGAGCUAUACCGCUAUCUCUCUCUGAUGCCAGCUGUCGCCAGGUCCGCCUACUGCCUUUUUAUGGUCAUGGCUUGGGAUAAGCAGGUAGACUAUGGUUAUUAAGACAAGUGAACAAUGUGCCUUUUAGUUGAAAAAGUAACCAUGAUAAGCUUUGAGAAAUCAUGCACAAUUGCACAACACUGCAUACUAUUAUAUAUAGUAUGGGCCCAUAGAAAAAUAAAGAACACGUGAUGCAGUAAAAUUUAAACACCUAAAGUCACAUACUAAGCAAAAAAUAAAUGUAAUUACUAUUAAUUAUAGUAAUCGCAUUGCUUAACCACAUGCUGUGUCCCUUAUCAUAAACCUCAAACUAAACAUGCUAAUCUUUUGCACAAAAAGUAUACAAAUAUUAGUCCCAACUUAAGGCCAUGGUGUACAUAUGUAUAAGUAACUAUAAAUAAGUUAUAGGUUCUGAAUUUCCUCUGUUUAUCAUUUCGAAUUGGUUUACAUGAUUGUAUUACUUUACAGUGAUUUCAGUCAGUAUUAAUAGUGUUCAAAAGUGUUGAAGUAGUAUUUUGUAGACUUCAAACUAACUGAACUUGCUUAGAUCCCUCAAGUGAUGCUUUAUUACGUAAUGGCUGCACAGUGUUACUAGUGUUAUUGUAAGUAUUGCAGUAUGAGGUCACAUAUUGGACUACAGCAGCAACAGAAAAAUCUUGGACUUUUUAAAACUAUGGACUCAAAUAGAGCACAAGAAUAACAAAGAUCUGGACUAUACUGAGCUAUACAGAACUGUAACUGUAUAUACAGCGUCAUAAGUAGUGCCUGUAAAGUGACCUGGAAAGAUUAUGGCUUAUUUUGCAUCAUUAAUUGUGCUUAAUUGUUAGACCUGGGUGAAUGAUAUUUCGAUCUGUGGAUGAUUUAAGUUGUAUCUUUAUUUUUGAAUAUGCAAAAUCAAAGUUG